AUGCCGAGCUGGCUCCAGCACAAGUGGAAAGUUAUCCUCGCCGUCCUCGUCGACUUCAAGAAUGGGCUCCAACAAACCUCGUGGACUUCAAGCCGCUCGCAAGCUUCGCAAUGACCGCCGUGUCAACCGAUGGGCGGAUAAGGCGUAUAAGAAGCGCGCCCUCGGUAACGUUUACAAAACCUCCCCUACUGGAGGAUCAUCACACGCAAAGGGCAUCGUCCUCGAGAAAGUCGGUGUCGAAGCCAAACAACCCAACUCUGCCAUUCGUAAAUGUGUCCGUGUACAACUUAUCAAGAACGGCAAAAAGGUCACGGCUUUCGUGCCUAAUGACGGUUGCUUGAACUUCGUCGAUGAGAACGAUGAAGUUCUCAUCUCUGGUUUCGGUCGUAGUGGCAAGGCCAAAGGUGAUAUUCCUGGUGUGCGUUUCAAAGUAGUGAAGGUCUCAGGAGUCGGUCUUCUCGCUUUGUGGAAAGAGAAGAAGGAAAAGCCCCGGUCAUAAGCAUCAUUAUCUUGUCCCUGUCAUUUCAUGUUACCGCAUUACCUAUGAUUAUGCCUGUGCCGCACAUGCCGCACGCCAAUGAAAAGCCAAAACCACCAUGUCAUAGGAUUACGCCGCACGAUUUUCCUGUCUCGUAAUC